CUUGGCGCGCCAUGGCCGCGACCUUCGCCAGCACCGUCCUUGCGCAGCCUGCGCUCGCAUCGAUUGUGUUUGCGUUUCAGUUUGGCUUGUAUGAAGAUGUUUGCCCGGCCUUCCGCGCCUGCAACGAGCUCGUCGAGUUUGACACGAUCCGGCACAACUACGAGUGCGACGCGUCCUUUGGCCAAGCGUAUGCGCCCACCGCCGAAUGGUCGUCCGAUCUCACAGACCCAAUGGCCUCUUCAGCGCUGGCUCUAAACAAGUGGCACCGAGACGACCGCUUUCCGCUGCAUAUGGCCAUUUACAACGGUUUGUUGUUGCGCUGACCAAGCGCAUUCUACGCUGCCGCCCGGACCUCGCCUCGGAAGACGCCAUCAUCUUGGCCUUU